CUUUCAAUCUCUCUCUCUCUCUCUCUCUCUCUCUCUCUCUCUCUCUCAACUGUUCUUACAUCUUUUCCACCAAAACAUCCAUUGCUGACACUUCACCUAGGAUUCAACAAAAACUUCUACUUAGAAACUUCCAUUCCAAUGGGUAGACACUCUUGCUGUUACAAGCAGAAGCUCAGGAAGGGUCUCUGGUCUCCCGAGGAAGAUGAGAAGCUCUUGAGGCAUAUUACCAAGUAUGGCCAUGGCUGUUGGAGUUCUGUUCCCAAGCAAGCUGGGUUACAGAGAUGUGGGAAGAGUUGCAGAUUGAGGUGGAUUAAUUACCUCAGACCUGAUUUGAAAAGAGGCACAUUCUCUCAACAGGAAGAGAAUCUUAUCAUUGAACUCCAUGCUGUUCUGGGUAACAGGUGGUCUCAGAUUGCAGCGCAAUUACCCGGAAGAACUGAUAACGAAAUAAAGAAUCUGUGGAAUUCU